AAACUGAUUUUAAUAUUUCCCCCAUAUUCAUAAACCCAAAUAAUCUAUUGACCAUUGGUGAUAGGCUGAAAGUCAAACCACACCCUAACCGAAUUUCCAGUUCCACUGGCGUUGAGCUGUUUUUUUCUAAUCUUAAUCUGCUUAUUCAAUAGUUUCCCCUCGAUUACACAUAUUGUGCAAAUUUGCUACAUUACUUGCACAUUUUUGAAGACUUUACGGGCAUUUGCAGCCGGCUUGAGGUUUCCUGCCACAUUACUGAUGUCACAAAGCUUUCCAGAACUCACUCAGUUUAAAAAAGUAUAAAAAGACCCGGGGGAUCACUGUGUGUGCUUACAUGACACAAUGAUUAUCUUUCUUAUCACAAACAUUAUAUAUAUCCCACUGGGAAUUGCCUUGCAUGUUUCUCAGCCUUAUCGUGUGGAAGGGAAACCGGAACAUGUCCCUCUACAAUGUCUCUUUAGUUCAGAAUUAAGGCCAGAGGAAAUGCAGGUAUCUCUGUAUAGAGGAUUGCAUGGCCAGCAGAGGAUAUGCAGUGCAUACGUCAACCUGUCUAAGCCGUACUUUGCUACAGAUGGGCCAGUUCAAUGCAGAGGCAAUAUAAGCUCUGGAAGAGUAGAUAUGAUCAUCUUUGGACUAAGAGGAGAAGAUACAGACAUAUAUCGCUGUAAGGUUGAGGUUCUCUACCCACCUCCAUAUCUCAGAAGUGUUGGGAAUGGCACUGUUGUUUACAUACAAGAAAAUCCAAACUGCCCAACUGCAUUCAUGCAGAGCCAAAGCCAGAUUUCGGAAAAGCGGUCCUCUGUGAGGGAUGAUGUGGGUCCGCUUCCUCUGCUAUGUGCUAUUCUUAUCAUUACUUCCUGCAUCUUUAUGCUACAGAUAAUGAAGAUAAUCUGGAAAUGGAGGGACACCGGGUCCAUGGCACCUAUGGCUUCACAAAAAGACAGCUAUAGGCAAUUUUAAGGGUGUGAUCAUCACCUGUAAUGUCCACAUGUAUUCUAACAUGUAUUUCCACCUGCAUGUAUUCACAUGUACUCUCAUUGUCAUUUCCAAUUGCAUGUAUUCACAUGUACUCGCAUUGUCAUUUCCAAUUGCAUGUAUUCACAUGUACUCGCGUGUCAUUUCCAGUUGCAUGUAUUCACAUGUACUUACAUGUCAUUUCCACCUGCAUGUAUUCACAUGCACUUACAUGUAUUCUCACCUGUAUGUAUCCAUAUGUACAGCAUU